AUGGGAGACGAAGAGAAGAAGGUCUCGCACACCCAAGAGGGAUAUCUCGCCUCAGAUAUUGAGAGUGGUACAGUACUUCCUGAGUACGAUCAAGAUGGCCCAGUCGAGUUCGAGGAGAAGAAAGAGCUCAAACGUGGACUCAAUCAGAGAACAAUUCAGAUGAUCGCAUUGGCUGGAACGAUAGGUACUGGAUUAUUCCUGUCUUCCGGCAAGGCAAUCUCUCGCGGAGGACCUUUAGGUGCCUUCCUAGGUUAUACAAUUGUUGGCUUCCUGUGUUCGGGAGUAGUGAUGUCUAUCGCGGAACUCAGCACCUUGGUCCCGCUGUCUGGAGGUAUCACGAGACACGCCGAGUACUUUGUGGACCCCGCCUUGUCCUUCGCCAAUGGCUGGAACCAAGUCUAUGCCAAUUUGAUUAGUGUGCCCGCAGAGCUCUGCGCUGCUGCUGUCUUAUUCGAAUUCUGGACGACCUCAGUCAAUAAUGCGGUCUGGAUCGUAGUGCUUGGAGUCUGUCUGGUGGCAUCAAACAUCGCAUUUGUCCGGAUCUACGGUGAACUCGAGUUCACCUUUGCGACUCUCAAGAUCAUGCUCAUCAUCGGUAUCAAUAUCAUGGCUCUAGUCAUAACAUGUGGUGGAGGUCCCGACCACACUAGCAUAGGCUUUGAGUAUUGGCGCCAUCCAGGCCCUUUUGUUCAGUAUCUAGGCUAUUCCGGAUCACUGGGACGCUUCAUGGGCUUUUUCACAGUUCUAUCAAACGCGGUAUACUCAUACUCUGGUAUCCAAAAUAUCUCAAUCGCCGCUUCAGAGACACAAAACCCAAGGAGAAACAUCCCCAUGGCUGCCAAAAGGAUUUUUGUCCGCGUACUGCUCUUCUACGUGCUCACUAUUUUCAUGGUCGGUCUCGUGGUGCCAUCAAAUGAUUCUCACCUGCUCAAAUCUACCGGUACUGCUUCGCAGUCACCAUUCGUCAUCGCUGCGACUAGAGCCGGUAUCAAAGUCGUGCCUUCAAUCAUCAAUGCAGUCAUCUUGACUAGUGCCUGGAGCUCCGGUAACGCUAGUAUGCUUGCUGGCUCUCGCAUAUUAUACGGCAUGGCAAAAGAAGGACGCGCGCCCAAGAUCUUCACCAAGACAAACAGAUUUGGUAUCCCCUGGAUCUCCGUCAGCUUGUUCGGCAUUUUCUUGUGCCUUGCUUUCCUCUCGUUGUCACACGGAGCCAACAUCGCGUUCACCUGGCUGCAAGAUCUCGUUUCUGUCGCUGCCAUGGUAGAUUGGAUUGUGAUUUGCGUCGUGUACCUCCGUUUCUACUACAGCAUGAAAAAGCAGAACAUCUCUCGCAGCGAACUACCCUGGGCAGCACCUCUGCAGCCAUAUCUUGCCUGGGUCACACUUAUCGCCUUCAUCAUUCUUCUGCUGUUUGGCGGCUACGUCACGUUUUUACACGGUCACUGGGACACCGAGACUUUUAUAUCGAGUUACUUCAACAUCCCUCUCUUCUUCAUGCUUUACUUUGGCUACAAAUUUGUCAAGAAAACGAGCAUCAUACCGUUGGAGGCACUGCCUAUUCGUCACUUCAUCGACAUCGCAAAUGCCAACCCAGAGCCUCCCCAGGCGCCAAAGGUCGGGUGGCAUAAGUAUAACUUCCUCUGGGAGUAG